AUGGAUUGCUAUGCUGUCUCUUGGUUAGCUAACGCCGCUGACGGAACAGAUAUGCCCGACGCCACUAGAUUCCUGCAACCCCGUCCUCGAAAAAUGCUGCCAGCAAAGAAUGAAUUACCUCGCGCCGAACGCCAAAACGUUGCGUCACGGCUCGGCCUCCAAGUCCUCGGCAAUCCAGCCAUUCUCACAACCAUUCUGCAAACAGCAGGGCUUGACCACCGCCGGUCAGCAGACAUUUGCAGCUCCCUACCAGAAAGCAAAUACCAGUCACCGCUGCAAUGGCCGCUGCGCAAAAAGCUCGUCAUCCUCACCGGCCCCUACAUUGCUGCCGCCCUUGCCGCCUACUCGGCCGGCGCCUAUGCGCUGGCCUCGCAGCCGCUGCGGGCGCGGUGGAACGUCACCGAGACGGAGUAUGCGGUCGGCAUCACCCUGUUUGUCAGCGGCUUUGGAUUCGUGCCCAUGGUGCUGGCGCCGGUGAGCGAGGCGUACGGCCGGUACUGGGUAUUCGUGGGCGCCGGGGCCGUCUUCUUGCUCGGCACGCUGGGCUGCGCGCUGACGGCGAGCUACGCGGGCAUGCUUGUGUCGAGGUUCGUGACGGGCAUGGGCGCGUCGGUGUUUGCGACGCUCACGGGCGGCGUCGUCAGCGACGUGUUUGACCGGGAUCAUCGGAAUACGCCAAUGGCGCUGUACUCGCUCAUGAUCAUGGUCGGCACGGGCUUGGGACCGCUGGUUAGUGGCUCAAUGGUGGAUUCUCUGGGGUGGCGCUGGAUCUUUUACUUGCAAAUGAUUAUGAUUGCUGCAACGUCGGCAGUGAUUCUGGUGCUGUUCCAGGAGACGCGAGGAAAUGUCAUUUUGGCCAGCCUGUGUCACGAGCUCAACAAGAAGAUGGCAGAGAAUGAUGAAACAUGCCAGCUACGCUUCCAUUCCGACGUGGUCCAAGAGAAGCUAGACAUGGGUAUAAUCUACCGCAGUUUUGUCUUUCCACUACGAUUGCUCAUUUCUGAGCCCGUUGUCCUCUGCUUUUCGCUGUGGGUAUCCUUUGCAUGGGCCAUAUUGUACAUGCAAUUCAACAGCAUCGGCAUUGUCUUUCGGAGCGUAUAUGAGUUUUCCAGCCGCCAAGUCGGAUUAGUCUAUGUUGCCGUUGUGGCCGCAUCUAUUCUGAGCGCCGCCAUUGCCAUUGCGCAGGAUCCCGUGCUGCGACGAAUCUGGCCGCAGAGAAGCACCUCCAACACACCGGAAAGCCGACUUUUAUCCACCAGCGUCCAAUCCGUGCUUCUUCUAGCCGGGUUAUUUUGGUUUGGAUGGACAUCUAGGCCAGAGAUACACUGGAUAUUCCCCGUGCUGGCCAUUGGCGCAUGCACCAUGGGCAUCUUUAGCAUCUACCUCGCCGUCUUCAACUACCUGGCCGACACAUAUGGGAGAUAUUCAUCGUCGGCUCAGGCAGCGCAGAGCAUGUGUCGCAAUCUCCUGGCGGGCAUCUUUCCGCUAUUCACGCACGUAAUGCUGCGGAAUCUGACGUAUCACGGCGCGGGGAGUCUUUUAGGCGGCCUUGGACUGGCGUUGACGGCCGUGCCGUGGCUGCUGAGCUUUUUUGGGCCCCAGAUCCGAGCUAAAAGUCCGUUUGCAAAGACUGUGAUGGAGUAA